UUGUAAUUGAACGUCAAAUUCCACGCCACCCGGUCCCACAACGCGGGUCGACUCGCGAGAAUACGGUCACUGACAUGAAUGACGUAAAACGUAUGCGACCUUGUGCGGCUCAGCCAGUAAACAACUUCAUUACGACGCUUCUAAUUUAAGAAGGACAUGCCGCCUGAAGAAAGGAUGUGGUGGGAGUAGGUGUGCUUCCAGCCCUAUUGGAUGAGUAGAAUACAGGAUGCCUUACCACUGUGUGGCGUACGGAUGUGGCAAAACUGCUGAAAACAAUGUGACACUUUUUAGAUUCCCCAAAGACCCAGAGGAGUUUCGCAAAUGGGAGAAGCAGGUUCAGCGUACUCGCAGCGACUGGUUCGCCUCACCCAACUGUCACCUCUGCAGCGACCAUUUUGGUAAAGACUACUUUGAGUCCAUAUCACCCUUAGGGGUUCCAAAGCUGCGAACUGGGGCAGUCCCCACUGUGUUUGUCCGCCCACACUGCUCUUCCUGCAAUGGCACUGGCUGUAAUAACUGUUUUCCUGCUAUCAAACACCGGAGCAUUGAUGCAGAACCGAAAGAGUGUAAUAUUAUAGCACAUUCUCAGACAACGAAUAAUGAAAUAGCACCAUCAUGGUCACAUAGUACAGAUAGAGCAAGUGGUGAGGAACAUCAGACAGGACAACUUGAGGAGCAGUCUAAAGUUGAAAAAACAGUGGUGUGCGAGACAUGUGGCGCAACUGGCAGCAGUAGCAGCUUUUACUCAAAAAGCAAGCGUUUCUGUAGCGCAUUGUGCGCGCGUUCCUAUUCCUCCCACUUAAAGAAGUUGACCGCACGGGCUCGCCUGCAGGAAAAGCCUCUAACAAAAAAGACCAAAGUGUUGAGCAAAUUUACCAAAGCACGCUCGACAGUAUUGGAUGCACCUGUUGCACUUUUUGAAUGGGGCGCCUACUUGGAAAAGGAAACAUCCUUGGGGGCAUCCGUUUCCUGCUUCAGACAUGCUCCCAUGUGUGCCCAGUGGGACGACAUCAGCAUAGGGAUGAAGGUAGAAGUCUUAAACACCAAUGCAGUCCUGCCCACUAAAGUUUACUGGAUCGCUACAGUCAUUCAAAUUGCAGGAUACAAAGCCUUGUUGCGGUACGAGGGCUUUGAGCAUGACAGCAGCCGCGAUUUCUGGUGCAGCCUCGUUUCAGGCGAGGUGCACCCCAUCGGGUGGUGUGCGAUGACUGGCAAGCUUCUGGUGCCUCCGCAAGAUGUGGCCAACAUCCCUGACUGGAAAGAGUAUUUGAUGAAAAAGUUGGUGGGGGCCCACACUCUGCCUGUUGAGUUCUACCUGAAGCUGAACGAGAGCCUGAAGCAGCAGUCCUUCAGAGUGGGCAUGCGCGUGGAGGUGGUCGACCCCAAACACGUCAGCCGGACACGCAAGGCUGUCAUAGAAUCCAUUACUGGAGGGCGCCUGCGGCUGUUAUACAUGGACCAGAGCGAUUCCCCUGAAAAUGUCAUUGCAGAUUUCUGGUGCCACCUGUCUAGUCCUCUCUUGCACCCGACUGGUUGGUCCAAAAGUGUGGGUCACGACAUCAAGACACCCAGUGUGGUAUCUCCAGGUGCUGGUUUGAAGGGCACUUGUGACAGUACAGACAACCUCUUUAAAAAGCCCAGAUUUGUCUACAUGGAUGGAGGUUUCUUUGAGGAGGGAAUGAAGCUCGAGGCCAUUGACCCUCUAAACCUGGGUAGCAUCUGCGUGGCAACUGUACACAAGGUGCUGACAGACGGCUACCUAAUGGUCGGCAUCGAUGGCGCAGCAUCACUCAAUGGCGCUGACAGGUUCUGUUACCACGCCUCCUCUCAUGCCAUCCUACCCAGAGGCUUCUGCAAAAAGAAUAACAUCAAUCUCACUGUGCCACAAGGUUUUGAUCUCAAAACCUUCACCUGGGAAAAUUACCUGAAGGAGACAAAUUCAAAAGCUGCACCACCACAACUAUUCAACACUGACUAUCCAGGUCAUGGCUUCUCCCCCAACGUCAAACUCGAAGCAGUGGACCUGAUGGAGCCGCGGCUGGUGUGCGUGGCCACGGUGAAGCGUUGCGUGGGACGCGUGCUCCUCAUCCACUUCGACGGCUGGGACGAUGACUUUGACCAGUGGGUCAACCACGAGUCCCCCGACAUUUAUCCCAUUGGAUGGUGUGAGCUCACCCACUACCAGCUCCAGCCGCCUCCUGGACUUGUAGUGGAAAACUAUGCAGUACAGGUCAAGAAACCAAAGAUGCCUUUGUUUAGGAACAAAAGACGGAAGAGGAAGAAGCGCUUGCACCCUCAACAUCAAGCAAAAGAGGAAGAGGGUAAUGACGACGACUACAAUGGCGAUCGACAACCGCCUUCGAGCAAAGCGACCGUCCAACCUCCAUUACCGGAAAACACAACUUCUCCUCCGGACGUGCCCCUUGUUCAACUCAAAGGCGAACCAGAGGAGCAGGAGAUCACUGCAGUGGAAGUGAAAGUGGAGGAGGUGGAGAUGGAGAGUCCCAUCUCCAGUCAAGUGCCAACAUAACGCUUCAGGAAGCCUAGCAGAGGAACUGUGGAACACGAGGUCAAGCCUGGUGAUUUUAGUUUAUUAUUUCUUUAACCUUUGUACAGAAGAAAUCAUGUUUUUAAGCAGAGACCCAGAUGUAGACAUAAGGGAACUGGAGACAGCAGGCUGGGAUGGAAUGCAAAAAACAAACCUCUAAAAUAAUGAGAGCUGAGAAAGAUGACAUUUCUAGCGAUUUAGUUAUUUCUAAACAAUAAAAAGUUAUUCAUCGCAUGCUCAUUUACCUAUUCUAAAUCAUGAAUGUAUAUAAUGUACAGUGUGUAGAAAAACUACCUUUUUCUCACGCAACAAACAUUCAUUUUGUGUAGCUGUGGUUGCAUAUGAACUAUUUAUAUCUUUUCAUUAUGGGCCUGUCAAAUCAUGUGAUUAGUGUCAUUAUAGGUUCUGUACACUGACAGGACUAAACAUAUUUGAACAUUUUAAAUUGUAAAAGAUAUCUUUAGCUCAAAAAAUAAAGUCCCUGUAAAGUGCAAAUACAUGUCUUUGUAAUUUGACACACCAGCACGAGGCCCCGGUCCACUCGCUGGCUGUCAAGUCAAGACUUUUUUUUCUCUUCCCCCUUCUUGCUAUUCUUCCUUUCUCUACAUUACAUGCAUGCACUCACAACCGACAACGAGGCGCUCCAGCAGACUACGCAUCCAUCCUUCCGUACCGCUUAUCCUCACUAGGGUCGCAGGCGUGCUGGCACCUAUCUCGGCUAAUUCUGGGCGAAAGGCGGGGUACAGCCUGAAUUGGUCGCCAGCCAAUCGCAGGGCACAUAUGGACCAAAAAAAAUCUUUCUCAACGUGUAUACACACAGCACCCCGUAUUGACAGAAAAAAACGUCAAUAUCAGCCUUCAAAAUCAGUCAUGCUGGCCGACUAACUAUAUUGUAUUAACCAUGAGUUGAGAUUUGCCUCAGAGGGCAAUAACGUCAGCAUUUUACCAUCCUCUGAUUGGUUGGUCAUAACAUGUAACAGUCGUUUGGGUAAUGUAGUUCUCUUACUGUGUGUCGCCUGGAAGCGAUGUCGUCAGGCAGCACCUUUGAAUAGCUUCCAACCAGAUAGAGACAUGGACGCAGUUGAUGCAGUGCCUCUUUUCUUUUGUCACGCAACUUACCGUAUUUUCCCGACCACAAGGCGCACCGUAUUAAAAGGCGCAGUCGCAGUUAUGGGGUCUAUUUGCGUAUUUAACACAUACAUAAGGAGCACCGUUUUAUUGGGCGCAGGCAUGGUAAAACAUACGCUAGCUUAAAACAUACGGUAGCAUGCAUGCACGCUAAAACAAUGUUUUUAAAAAGGCAGCGGGCGCAAAACUGAGUAAGGUCGUAAUUUAUUGAAGUAUUUAACAAUGUAUUCACGUUAUUUUUUGAUUAAUCCUCAUCCACAAAUCCAUCAAAGUCCUCAUCUUCUGUAUCCGAAAUGAACAGCUGGGCAAGUUCUCAAUCAAACAUGCCAGGUUCCCUCUCGUCAUUGUCGGAGUCGGUCUCGCUGCCCUGCGGCUCCUCAGAAAUGAUGCCGACUUUUACGAAAGCUCAAACAACAGUGCAAGCAGACACAUUAGCCCAAGCAUCCACAAUGCAUUCACAAAUUGUGGCGUAACUCGCCCGGCGCUGCCUCCUAGUCUUAGUUAAACUGUGUUCGCCAUCUGUCAUCCAUCGCUCCCUCGCAACUUCACGUUGAACGCCCGCCCUGUUUUGUCCAGCGGUUGGAAGUCCUUCGUCAAGCCUCCCGGAAUGAUGGCAAGCUCUGAGUUAUUGCACUCAGUCGAAUGGUGCCUGUAGAGACGCUUCUCCCGGCUGUUCUUUGCUCAUUCUUUGCUGUUCUUUGGCGAGGUGGCUCGAGUUGGAAGACCAACUCAGGCCACCUCGCCUUGUUUCCGCGUAAACUCAGCUUCGUCUUCUUGACUCGGCGAAGCUCGUUUUCCUGCUUCCUCCACUUGCGAACCACGGAUUUGUUGAUCUUGAAUUCUCUCCCGGCUGCUCGAUUCCCAUGUUCCUCCCCGUAACUAAUAGCUUGCAGUUUAAACUGUGCUUCGUAAGCGUGUCUCGUAAUGCACAUACCGGCGCUAUAUACCUACUGGGGGCGUGCCUUGAGCGUCCUCUGUCACGCGCACCCUUCCCCCUUUAACGUCCGCAUGCUGUCCUCAGCCACGUUCGCCUUCCUCUAUAUAAGCAGCUUGUCGGCAGGAAAUGCUCCCACUCAGUCAAGCGGAGCGCUCAUCACACAACAACUUUUAUAGAUUUUAGAACUCGGUGCACACAUAAUUAUUACAAGGCGCCCCGUCCAUUUUGGAGAAAAUUUAAGAUUUUUAAGUGCGCCUUAACGGCACGGUAGCCGACUGGUUAGCACAUCUGCCUCACAGUUCUGGGGACCGGGGUUCAAAUCCCGGUCCCGCCUGUCUGGAGUUUGCAUGUUCUCCCCGUUUCCUCCCACAUCCCAAAAACAUGCGUGCUAGGUUGAUUGAAGACUCUAAAUUGCCCGUAGGUUUGAAUGUGAGUGCGAAUGGUUGUUUGUCUCUAUGUGCCCUGCGAUUGGCUGGCGACCGGUUCAGGAUGUACCCGCCUCCCGCCCGAAGAUAGCUGGGACAGGCUCCAGCAGCCCGCGACCCUAGUGAGGAGAAGCGGUAAAGAAAAUGGAUGGAUGGAUGGAAGUGCGCCUUAUGGUCGUGAAAAUACGGUACCUGGCAACGUGAGAUCUCCUUUUUUGGUUUCAUGUAAGAACAAAUAGUUACUGCACAAACAGACUUAAUACAAUGUGGCUUGAAUAAACAAAGAGCAUUUGUCAAAUACA